AUGACGGCGUUUCAUCCAGAUGCACUGGUGACGCGGCAGAUGCCGACGAAUGCGACGACUGGUGCAGGUGAGGAAGAAGCGCAUGAUUUGUGGCGCAGUGCUGAGGCCAAGUACGAGCAGAAGCGUUGGGCUGAGCAGAGUGAAAAGGCUCUCUACCAGGAUGUGGCCUUCAAACGGUACCAGGCAUCGGUGGAUAAGGCGCUGGCGAAAUUUGAGAACGUGGCGGAGUGGGCCGACUUCAUAUCGUUUCUGACGCGUCUACUAAAGGCACUACAGACGUCCUCGGCGAGCUACCAUGUCAUUCCGACGAAGCUUGUCGUCGCGAAACGCUUAUCGCAAUGUCUGAACCCUGCCUUACCGUCCGGUGUGCAUACGCGCGCGCUUGAAGUAUAUAUGUAUAUUUUCACGGCUAUCGGUGUGGAUGGACUACGUCGUGACCUGCAGGUUUGGACGCCGGGCCUGCUGCCAUUCUUCCCACAUGCGGCGACCUCGGUACGUCCGUUGGUCCUGGAUAUAUACGAACGCUUUUAUUUGCCGCUUCACACAGACUUGCGCCCCAUGACGCGUGCCUUGCUUCUCUCCCUACUUCCAGGCGUCGAGGAAGAGUCGAGCGAGUUUUUUGACCGCGUCAUCACACUGUUGGACCGUCUCGCCGCCUCCGUACAAUGGCCCUUUUUUAUCCGCACCAUGUGGAAAGUGAUGAUCACUUCACCCACUGUCAGGCUAAGCGCCUUCCACUACUUGGCGCGCCGCAUGCCCAAAAUCGAAGAGCCGAGAGAGCUGGACGUGCCCCUGCUUGGCUGUGCCAUCUCACACGCUCUACGCGAUCAGGCCCUGCUUGUGCGACGACAAGCUCUGGAUUUUCUCGUGACGCGCGUAGCUCUAGAUACACCUGUAUUUGAGCAAGUGCCGGACAAGAUCAGACUCUUGGAUGCGGCUCUUGAUACGGUGCUUCGACGCGACAUCAGUUUGAAUCGCCGCCUCUUUUCGUGGCUCCUCGGCUCGGACGAGUCGGAUGCGGCUCAACAAACGUACUUUGAGACACAUGCAAGGUCGCAUGUGGCGCAUAUGUUGCUGAGUGCGAUGCAGCAAAAGAACCAAGCCCAGCGUGCGUUUAAGAUGUACGUGUCGCUAAUGGACAAGCGCGCCAUGGCUCAGCCCCUGCUCCGUACCACCGUCCUUGACGUGUUUCAAACAUGCCAAAUACAUCACGAUGAGGAAUUAUACCCCACGGCUCAGACGUUGUUUAUGGCGAUGGAUGACUACAUGCUGUACCAGUCGCUCUAUCGCGGCAUAAAGGACAAGAAGACUGUCCGCCUCUUUCAGUACAUUUUGCGUCAAUUUCGCCCGCAUGAACCAGAGGCACUUCAUGUACAUCUUCCUGUUGUGGCUCUUGCCAUUCCGCAGCUCGUAAAAGAUGCCUCACCUGAAUUGGCUGGUGCAUUGCUCGAGCUACUUCAAGAUCUGAUGGGCGUGUUGGACAUUCAUGCAUUUGCGCAGCACACAAACACUUCCGCGCCCCUGGAUGAGCCAGCCGAGCAGUGGUUCUCGGACGCACCGCCUGAACGCGUACCGACACUACAAGACACUAGCAUGUGCACAGCUUGGCUAGAGGCGAUUCUGAGUGUGGCUAUGUCGCAACCACCUGCUACAGUCACAUGCUGUGCGGUGCUCGUAAGUGCGAUGGACAAGCUCGUCGAGGCUGGAUGCUCGGUACGCAUGCAUGUGCAAAACGAAGCCUUAUUUGCCUAUAUCGCCCACACACGUACGUUUGAGCAACUCGAAGCGGUUUUGCACAUGGCUGUGCAUAUUACGAAGAGCAGCGCUGUGGAUGCCUCGUUCUUGUUCCGUGGUGCGCAUCUGGAAACGGUGGUGCAAAAGCUCCUAGAGUAUUUGCAGCCACACGCCUUCCAGCAUCAUGCCGCAGCUGUCGAGCUAUUUUGGAGCGUGUGCGCUCUAGCUCAAGGCGAGCGUGGCGCCGCUGUUGUGUGCGCCGAGCUGAGUGGUACAGGGCGGGAGCGAGCGAUGCAUGCAGUCGGCACGCUAUGGCGAUGCACGACUCAACAGACUGCGACGCACAUCCCAGCAUGUGUUCUGCUCAUUCUGGAUCGGUUGCAUUCGCACGAUAUGCUGGAGCAGCAUGAGAGCCAUGUAUGGCUCCAGACUUAUGUGCGCACUUAUGAUGCCAUUUUAUGCAUGUUGUCUCGUUUGCUAAGGCGGGUACCUAUGCAGCGGACACACGUGGGCGUCGCUGUGGCAGGGCGCAUGAUCGAUGCAUAUACGUAUCAUAUGCCAUGGGAUCGCGCGUAUACACAGUACUAUUUACGCAUGCUCGCUGCACUCCUGCAUAUCGCCGGAAAAGAAUGUGUGCAUGUCGCAUGGGACGGCACAGACGAAGAACAGGGCGGCUCGCUCAUUGAUGUGCUGAAGGACGAUGUCAUGCUGCUUCUCCGCUCAGGUGGGCCACAUGAUCGUGAUGCGUCGACCGUGUCGCUUGGCCUCGAGGUAUUGGAUGCGAUUCUGAGCAUGGAGCCCGGCGCGGCAUGGUGCACAGACGUGGAGAAAUCGCUCGUGGAUGUUUUGCUAUUGUCGAUCGAUGCGCGCGAUGCGACGCGUCAGAUCAUGGUGCUGGGAGUUUUCGCACGGGUGUUGCGUGAUGUAACGUUGAGUGAUGAAGAGUGCGCCGUAUACGCCGAUCUCGUGCGCCGUGGCAUGACGCACGCUCCUAACGAUACGGCUUUGUUGGCAUGGACCGACUUUGUGCAUGCAGUGCUACCUGCCAUGCAGGAUAUACAGGCAUUUUUGUUGCCACUUUGCCAUGUUCUACGUGAGAUGCUUGUGUGUACGAUCCGCCCUUUUUCUGCGCAGCAUGCAUUGGAGCCAGACGUGUCGAUCACGUUGGAUCGCGUCCCACGUACCGAGGCGGAGGUAGAAGCGCUCAUGCGGCUGCUCGAGACGGCGCUCGCCAGUGCUUUUUCCCGCGCAUACCAUGCCCGGCCCCGACAAGAUGACGCUACACCGCCGAGUAGUAUUCUCGGCAACAUUUCCAGCGUAUUCCAAGCUGAAACAGCGAGCGGACCAACAACGCAGGAGACCACGGUUCGACGACAUGCCGUGCUUGCACUGCAAGCCGUAGCGUACGUGUGGUUUGUUGGUCGCGACUGUGCGUGUCUGCCGCAGAGCAUCGCAGGCAGUGCAGCUGUGCUAGAGCGCUUCUGGGCCAUGGACACGUCCAUGACACUGGAUGCGGUCAUUGAACACUGGUGGCGAUGUUCCACGCGAGACAUGCAUCGUUCAUACGUGGAUGAUGCCACACUGGCGUUAUUAGAGCACCUCACAUCCAGUGCGCAGCUUAUUUUCUCUUCUGUAUGCGACGCCAUUUCGUCCAAGGUGCCAAAGAAUCGCAGCGGACGUGUGUCGACAAGCAUACUAAGUGAACCAGUCCUGUUCCGCCUUUUGGAAUUGUAUGCCACCAAACUGGACGCAGGGAGCAUCGCACAGGUAUGGCCCAUUAUGUCGCUUUUAGCGCGAACGAUGGCUCAAACGACUAGCCCCUACGUCGUAUACCAUGCGCUUCGCCUCACAACGGUGAUGGGAACGAAGCUGACGGACUCAAACCUGUUUAACGAACAACGAACGCGCCGCGAUGUACAGGAUGCGUUCGUACGUCUUUGUGAGCUGACUAUCUCGCUGUAUGGCCGCAGUCUGGAUAUUUCGUCUGGCCGUGAUAGCGACGCUCCAUCCGUGGCGAGCGAUCGUGGCGAGACUCCCAGUGAUGUGGUAUCGCCCACCUCAGUUGUACAGACUCUCUGCUCCAUGGUUCUCCCAGCAUUCACAACGUUGCGCGUCGAUCAAGACAAGAUUCAGAGUGUAUCAGCAAGUCUCGCCUACUACAUUUUGGCACCUGGUUUCCGCGCCCGUCAGGGAUCAUGGGAGCCAGAGCCCUUAUUGUUCGAAGUGCUUGAGAGUCUCACACAGCUUCCUGCGACGUCCAAGACGUGGCGCUCAUACGUGCUGGAUACAUUCUUCGAUGUGCGCUUCUUUGCACAGAGCCUCGAUAUGGGUAAGCAAUGGGCGCCUAUGAUCGCGGCGCUCUUCCGCAGUGAGCGCGAUCGUCUCUCUGAUGUGAUCGGACGUAUUUCCACGGCUUCUUCAAAUUUAUUCACAAGCCGCGACUCUGAUUUAUUCGCGCGGGUCGGUGCCAUUCGGCGCCUGUCCUAUGUUGUGUAUACGAGCGAAACGAAUGCCUUUCUUGCUCAGCUUCCGCUCAUUCAAGAAAAGGUUGUGGAUAUUUUGCGGUCUUCGCCAGCUGAUCUCGUACAUGCCGAAGUGUAUUUGUGCAUGCGGGUGUUUCUCUGCCGCUUUGCGUCGCAGCACUUAACAGGAUUCUGGCCGAUUAUUUUAACGGAAAUGGUGCGAAUUCUGGCACAGGCCAAAGUCGAUCUGCCGGCGGACAAAUCGGACAGACUGCAACUGGUAUUUUCCGUCGUCAAACUCGCUGACUUUUUGAUAACGUUGCAGACGGACGAUUUCCAGAUUCAUCAGUGGCUCCUCAUCACUGACACUCCCGAUGCGACUAAUCCAGCAUCCUCCUACAUGGCAGACUCCCUUCUCGACUGCCUCGCCAAAUUCGUGAGCGAAUGCCAACGGGAACUGGUGUUUGAUGCAAACGAUUCGUUGGAGCGCGCUCAACAGCGUCGGCCUUUACUGCAGAUGUCAAGUGUUGCGACCAUAUCAACUCUCCAGCCUUUUUUCGCUACGGCAUCCCGCGCCUUUUACCAGUGCGAUUUCCAUGCCACUUUGGAUUGGGACAACAUUAAUGCGUGCCUCUUGCACGACCUAUUCGAACCGAUACAUACGAAUACAUAA